AUGCCUGAUACCAUUACAUCAUUAAGAAAGGAAAACGAUGCUUUAAAGCUUCAGAUAAAUUCUCUACAGCAGGACUUUGUGAAAUUGCGAAAUACGAUUGAAAAACAAAGAGAAGCACCGAAGCAAGACGAAGCUAGUACAACAACUCGAGUUCAAAUAACUGAAUUUCAACAUAGCCUUGAGUUUUUAAGUGCUAAAUAUGAUACUCUGAGCACAGAAGAAGGGGCAGCGAAGAAAGAAUUGCAGAAAUUAAGCUCAAGGCUGUUGGAAUUAGCGGCCAAAGUAGAUCGAAUCGACGACGCGCUUGAGCAGUUACAGCUAUAUAGCUACCAAUACAACGUUAAAAUCGUUGGCAUUCCUCAACAAGAAGUAAAAGAAUCGGCGUACGACACUAGUUUGCUCUGUGUAGAUCUCUUCAAAAAAAUCGGGGCCGACGUAAAUCUUCAAGAUAUAGAUAUUGCACACCGUGUCCCAAGUAGAAGGAAUAACGAUACGUCCGCCCCCAUUGUUUGCAAGUUUGUACGGCGAAACUCGAAAGAGAGUGUAAUGAAGCACAAAAGAGAAACAAGUAAAGUAAGCCCAUUAAUCCGUAUCUUCGAUCAUCUCACUCCCAAAAAUCAACAUAUUUUGGUAGAAGCAAGGGCCUUUAAAGAGAAAUUCUCUUACGAGUAUUGUUGGACAAAGAACUCAACCGUUUAUCUGAGAAAGAGUGCCACCUCGAGAGCAAUCAGGAUAAAAGAGUUUGGGGAUCUUCAACGACUAGAGGAAGGAAAUCAUGUGUAA